UUUCCAGUCACGCCUCGCCUUGCUGGAAAACAGAACUGAUGCGUUUACAACACCUCGCAGAAGACAAUAUCAACUCUACACCAGUAUUUUUACUUCAUUUAUAAACCCACCUAUGCAAUAUAAAUUUUGGUGUAAUUCUAUCUAGUACUGUUCAAAGCUGAUCGUGGUUGUUUUACAGUUGUUUGUACGUCUCGUGUCAGUGAAAUCCAAAUUUUCCCCAUUAACCUUAAAUGCACCCUUCCUCAACAGAGUCAAUCUUGCGCAGAGUUUGCGCAAAACUUCGACGACGUCACACGUGGACGUUGGAGAUGUUAGCUACUGCGCCAUGGCGAGCGACAACGCCGCUUCCCACAAACAGCAAUGUCAAAUAAACUCCACAAUGGGGAUUAAAAAUGAGCUUUAAUGUUCGUAUACGUGACCAAGUGCGUUUCCUUUAUCACGACUGUGUGGGUUGAAAUGUGGAAGAAGCCAGUGACUGCAGUAAAUACAUAUUUAGUGGGGAGGAGUCGCGGAUUUAAGGAAAUUUGGGGCUCGUGUGCAGUGCAUCCAUGCAGUACCGAGGCGUCUCCUGCAUCCAGGAUAACAGCAAGACAGGCGGCAGAUAUUUGGAAGAAACACUUUGAGGUGAAAAGAGUCACAGAACCUGACCUCUCCAGCCACUACAUCAUCGCCCACGUGCUUGGCGCUAAAACCAUUCAAUGUGUUGAGCCGGAGAGACUGUCUGCAUUUCUCACUCAAGAGGAAAGGGAGCAAAUAUGGAAGCUCUGCAAGAGGCGCCUUUCCAGGAUGCCUGUGCAGUAUGUGAUCGAGGAGUGGGACUUCAGAGGUCUGACACUAAAGAUGAAGCCUCCUGUGUUCAUCCCACGACCAGAAACGGAGGAGUUGGUUGAACUGGUAGUGCGUGAUCUGCAGGGGAAGAAUGACGGCAGACAGGGCUCGCCUACAUGUUUGGAAGUGGGAUGCGGGUCUGGUGCCAUUUCUCUCAGCCUGCUCAAGAGCUUCCCUCAGCUUACAGCCAUUGCACUAGAUCAAAGUCUGGAUGCUGUGGAACUGACAAAAGAAAAUGCGGCAAGGCUGGGGCUUCAGGAUAGAUUGAAGGUUUACUAUGCGGAUGUCACUAAAGACGCAGACACCGUGUUGAAGGUGUGCAGCAAUGUCUCUGCAUUAGUCAGCAACCCUCCCUAUCUCUUCUCAGAGGAUUUGUCUUCACUGGAACCUGAAAUUUGGAGGUUUGAGGACCACGCCGCUUUAGACGGAGGCAAAGACGGCAUGAACGUGAUCCAGAAGAUUCUGACCCUGGCUCCACACAUUCUGGCGGAUGACGGCCGUGUUUACUUGGAGGUGGAGCCCAGACACCCCGGGCCCAUUCAGCAGUGGACGGAGGCCAACAUGGAGAGGCUGCAUUUGGUGGAGACGCAUCACGACAUCAACAGCAGGCCGCGAUUUUGCAUCCUUCAGAAAGGGAAUUCAAAUGACGAUGAGCUGGACCCGGAUUGAGAAACUCAGAUCCUAUUACGCUGGCUUUAGUCCAGGUGGCCAUAGCCUCCUGCCUGCUCCCCCACCCCCAAACACGCUUUACCAGCACCACUGCUUUCAUCGCUCCAGUUUUUUUUUUUUUUUUUUUUUUGCCGAAUGAAUCCUUUAAAUCGCCUGCUUUGUUUUUUUAUUUUUUCUUUUGUGCGUGUCCUGUGCCACGAUAAGACAAAAAAAUGUGUGUGUCAUGGCACAAAAGCAGCUCAAAGCUGAAGGUAAUUACCGAGGCUUUUCUUAGAACACUCCCUCUCAGAAUCGCACCCUCCUCCCGGGAAGCAUUUUGUAGUUCUUUGAAUUGGCUGAUCAGCGGUCCUCCCCUUUGCCCGUCCACUCAAGCUGACUCAGAUGCAGGCUGUGUGUGUGUGUGUGUGUGUGUGUGUGUGUGUGUGUGUGUGUGUGUGUGUGUGUGCACAUGUUGUUGAACACACACACACACACACACACACACAAUGUGGCCUUUAGUGCCUCACGUAGUCUCACCCAUUCGAAGUUCAAAGGCCACAUACUUUUAUUUCCGAGAACAAGCCUAAUUUGUAGCGACGCCUUCAUUUUCAUUCACGUUACCUACUGAGCAAUAAGGAAAAUGGUGAAAAAAAUACCUUGCAAUGUGAACAAAAGGGGUGAAAAAUAUCUGUGAUCUUUAUCCAACUGUAAUGACCCAUGCCCCACCCAUUGUGGAAAGUUUCAUGGAAAUUCACAAAGUAGCAUUCGUGUAAUCCUGCUAACAAACAAAGGAAAACUUGCAGGGAAGACGUAGCGAGCGCCCCAAAAGUGGUCAGGAGUUAAGGCAAAAAAAACCCAAAAAACAUUACACGUGUAAAAUGUAGAAAAAUUAUUUACUGAGAAAAAUAAAAUGGCAAAGGUGUGUAAAAGGAAUCACUGUGUGUACAUGUCAUGCAAUCCAGUCCAAAUGUGACACACACACACACACACACACACACACAUCGGCUGAUAUUAACUGAAAUGAAAAAUAAUGACCCUGUGUCCAACAUUUCCUCCUCAAGAGUUCCAAAGCAGCAUUGUCAUUCCCAGGUUUUAAAAAAAAGGACCUGUUUGAGUUUCUGUCCUUCUCACACCUUGAAGGGAUAUUCCUGCAAGAAGCGCAGCAGAGGCCUGGGGAGUGGUAGCUGCUCGUGGCAGUCCGAGUGCCUGUUGAUGACCAAGCGUGUGAGGUGCUGCAGGGACGGCAGGCUCUGGGGCUUGUACACGGCUCGCUUUAAUUUGAGCACCACCGACGACGACGCCUCCUGGAUUGCAGCUUUGGAAGGAACCCGCUGCUCCGCCUGGCCGUCCUCCGCUCUCCUCUCUGGUCCCAUGUAGUGCUGCACCAGGCUGGGCACGUCAGGGAAUGACGACAGGCUGGGUCUGGCUGGGGAGCUGCAGUCCAGUAAAAAACGAGUGCAGCUGUACUGGAUGCGUAUGCUGGUGGGACCCCGCGCCGUCUUGACUGAGAGGGUGAGCAUGUAGAGAGGGUGGCUGCUGUCUCGUACCAAAAAAGCCCCUUCAGAUGCCUCUUGAAGUGCACUGUGGGCUUGAGCUGCACUUAUGCCCCCCCAGUACCACCCUGCACACAUAAACACACGCCCAUGUUAGUUUUCAGUAGCUAUCACAGCACUGGCAUCAUUCAAAGAGUGUUCAUACCUGAUGUCUCUAGGUAACAAAAGUUGCUCGCAAUCGCCCGUAAGUCUUUGGUGGGGUCCCAUAGCGACGGGCUACUCUGAAGGCAAGGCGUAGCUGCCCCUGUGCCUGCCCGCAUGCCCCUCUGGGGGGCCUCAGUGGAUGGAGCAGUGGGCAAAAGAGCUCUGGGACUGGAAAAUAAGACAAGGAGUCCGCAUAAUGUAUAAUAAUAUAUCAUUUAGCUUCUCAAUGUGUCUGGUACAGUAAGGAUGAAUAAGUCAACGUCAUAGUUUAUUUUCUUUGUAAUAAGAAAAAUACAUCCUAGUAAGUUCAAUUGUAAAAACAAGUUUAUUUUAUCCCAGGAAGGCAACAUCAUGUCAUAUUCACACUUUUAGAUGUGACGACAAGUAAGAAUACCAGUUUUGUGGAUUUGUAUAUUUUAUUGUACUAUUUAAAUCGGACUCCAUGUUCUGCUGCAUCCGCUUUGAGAUGGGAUGUGUGUUUAAAAUAACAUGCAUGCAUAUGUAUAAUACAUAAAUAAUAACUACCAGUCAAGGAGCCAAUACUAAUAAUUGCAGGGUUGUGUGGUUUGAAGCCAGCUCCCUCCAUCCCGGUCACUGCUGUCUCGGGAAAGACACUUCAUGCGCCCACCUUGCCUCCAGUAAAAACAUAAAUGUGAAUGAAUGUUUGGUGGUGGUUGGCGAGGCAAGUCUACCGGUUUCCGGCAGUCUACCUCAGGGCACCUGUGGGUACAGAUGUAACUUACCACCACAAGUGUGUAACUGAUUGAAUGAAAUAAUGGGUUGCCAGUACAAAAAAAGUGCUCUGGCACCAUAAAAAUCUGAUAUAUUCUAAUAAUAAUAAUUAUUAAAUCACAUGCGUUAUUGUUCAUCUUGACUGAAGGAAAGCGUUUCAAUAAUCAGACUGCGUCAUACUGAUUGUGCUUGCACGUCUUAGAAUUAGUUUUGUUUUGUAUGCGAGUAUUUUCAACAGGCCUUCUGGGAUAAAGUAAUGUUAAAUAUAAUUACAAUUGAAGGGUGUCAAAUCACAUUUUGUAACAUACUUUAAUGCAAUUGCAGUGGGUUACAAAGUGAAACAGAAAAAGAGAAAUAAUGUCGCCUACUCACCCUGGUACACAGAGAAUCAUACUAUUACAGUAUGUACGAGUAUAUACUAUUGUGUAUAUACAGUACGAUAUUUCGUCAAUCCACAGAGUUGAAUCCAGUCGUAUUCCUUCCUUCCCAACAAAGAAGACUGUCAAAGAAAACAAGUCCUGUAAAAAAAAAAGAAAAAG